CUGUCACAGGGGAAGACGAUGGCAAUAGCGUUCCGCAAGCAACAGCAGUCCCUUUUGUCUAGGGUAUCUCCGACGGCAAUCUUCUUCGACCUGGACAACACUCUCGUGGAGACUAGGAAGGCCGACAAUCAGACCUGCCGCAAGGUCGGCACAAAGUACACGCAGAGGUUAAUUGCCACUGACGAGAUAUCGAAUUUACAAAUAGAUAAGCACAGUAAGAUAUUUAUUUACGGCGUCGUGUUAAUGAAUCAUCCGUAAAUAUAAGUAGAGCGACAUCAAGCUUGGAAGUGUACGUCGCCACGAUGCAUUGUUCACGCGUUACCACUGACGACUGCGCGAGAUACUUUUGAGGUUACCGCUCUCCGAGACGGAAUUCUCCGGGCACGACACUUCAAAGAGGCUUCCCAGUGACGAGGCGACCGCGAGAGAACCGCAGCAGGGCGCACACGUGGUACACGUGUGCGUUGUACGACGGUUAUUUUCGGCUGGCCUGGUGAGUGUGUCAAAGGGCAAGGCUAGACGGCGCGAGGACUGCUUUGGGAAGCCUGCCAGUUAGCUCGCGGCUAUGCCACGCGACGGAUACCGCGGCACCUGGUAACGUCUGCUAAAGCACACUCUCCGGAAACUCGCUUCCGUUUGACGUGACGCGUCGGCGACACCGACAUCGCGGUAUAAAGAACACGUCUAGACGUCAUCCCGUUCAGGUGUCUCCGUCCAGUCUCAAACUUGAAGGCGACUCACUCCGCUCUUUCUCUCGUUUCUCCGCGAUUUCCACGAUCAGGUGAAAUCCGUGAACCGCACAAGCGAGCGCCAUGAGUGUGCCCGAGGGUGUCGCCAAGUGCUUGGCCAUACUGAAGGCGGUGGAUACGGAUUCAGAGAAGUUCGCCGCACUCUUCAUGGUUACCAAACUAGUGGACGGCAAGGAUUGCAGCCCGGCCGCCAAGAAGAUGCUUUUCGAGGCGAUCGGGGCGAAGUUCCUCCGCAGGCUGCUCGUCAGCGACAGCGUGCCGGUGGAUUGUCCGCCGCAGGUGUACAAGUCCGUGGCGUUAUCGGUUCUGACCGCGUUCUGCGGGGAGCCUGAGCUGGCCUCUCACCCGGACAUGGUGGGUCACAUUCCGGCGCUGCUCGAAAUCGUGUCCCAGGCCGACGAGGACGCAGCAGACGACAUGCUAAUCAUCGUCAGCGAAGCGUAUACCUGCCUGCAGAGCAUCGCGCAGCACCCGCCCGGACAGCAGGCGCUGCUCGAGCAGGAGGCGAUCCCGAAAAUGUGUGACAUUUACGCGGAGAAGAGCUUCCAGACGGACGAGGCGCUCAAUAUCUUGGUCACGUUGGUCGGUACAUUCGGCCCGACUGCUUGGCACCCGACAGACACCGCGCCUUUCCACGCGAUAAUCCACAAAGUGGCAUUGGAUUUCGAGACCGAUCACACGGAGAGAAAAUUCCAGCUAUGUACCAUACUGCAGGCCUUGCUGCAGUCCUGCAAGAAGGACGUGAUCUCCGCGUCCGCGAAGGAGGAGUCUUGGCCGUUGAGUAUCCACAAGGGUCUGAGCGACAUCCUGGGCUCGAAGAUCGGCAAGAACCAACGGGAUCCGGCUCUGAAGCUCGCAUCCGUGAUGAUGGACCUCCUGGGCGCGGAAUGGGCUCUGUCCGACAAGGAGAAACCUAAGAUACUUCUCUUGCUGCUGAUACAGCUGGCAUCGAUCGAGGUGCGGAUGCAGUUGGAAGGGAAACAGCUGAAGGCUGUGCUUGCCAACGGAAACUUAGUCACGGCCUGUUUUAUUAUCCUGGAGAUCUCGUUGGGAUACAUCAUCACCGAUCAAUUAGACUUGGAUCAGAAGGAGAAGCAGUCUCUGUACACGGCCCUGAAGGGCGCUUUCGCGGCGGUGAUCGGCCUGCUCAGCGCCGUGUCGAAGAUGAAGACGCUGACGAAUAUGGAGGAGAAGAUCUUCGUGUGCGCCGUCGUCAGGGUGCUCGCAGCUUGGCUCGCGCAAGAGACCACCGCGAUGCGUCCUCAGGUUUAUGCCGUGCUGCCGUAUAUGCUGACGGUGGCCAACGACACCUUCUAUGCGCACCGAAACAGGAAGCUAGCUGAGAAAGCCAAGUCCGGCGCCAAGGCCGGCAAGACGGACGAAGGGACGUCGUCUGGAGAACCGGUAGCUCAUGAUCCGAUGAGCGAGAACGACAUACUGAGGUUGCUAUUGCCCGCUUUGUGCUACUUGGCCGUGGAAGAGGAUGCCCGGAAGAUCCUCCUGAAGCAUAAGCAGGACGAGGUCCUGUUCGAGUGCAUGUCCUAUCACUGGACCAUCGUGCACUAUAAGAAGCCGCCAGUACCGCGAUCAGAGCGUCUGAAGGUCCUGCAGGACGGCAAUCGUACGGAGGACUUGGACGCGGGUCUCUUGGAGGAGAUGAAGGACUCUAGAACCGCGAUGGUAUCCAUCUGCAACGUCCUGAUGAACAUCACCGUGCUGGAGGCGAAGCUGGUAGAGGAGUCGCCGACGUUCGUCUCGUUGCUGAAAUUCAUCUUCAACAAUCUGCCGGAGCUGAAGCAGAUCCCGGAGAACCUGGUACUGCACGGCCACUUGGCAGUAUUGGGCCUGCUGCUGCUGAAGCAGCAGGCUAAGCGCAUCAAGAAGAACGACUUCUCGAUAUGCUGUUACAUUCAGGCCACAAUAAGAUUCCUGUGGGACGCGUAUAUUAUCGACGAAGGCAACGACCCUACCGAGCUAGUGGUCGCCAUAUCGUACAAGGAACACUGGAUGGAGCUCAUGGAGCUCUGGUUUUUGGGCAUGCAAACGAUGGCCGGGGUGCUGCAGGUGAUACCUUGGCUGUCGCAGUUCACGCUGGAGUCCGGCUGGGCGGAGGAGAUCAUCGAGACGCUGAAAAAAGUGAAGAUAGGCGGCCUGCAACCGAACGUCAAGUCCGCCUUCGAGGAUCUGCUGUGCCACUUGGUGAAGGCCGACGAAAGUGUCGGCUCGGUGCUGAAGAAGUGCGGCGCGUUGACCGUCUGUAGGAAUCAUCGCAUGAUGGAGCUCGGGAAACAUCUCUUCGGAGAUUAGAGUGACUGUUGAACGGACGUUGCUAUGUAGCUCUUUUGGCUUUCUGCUAGUCUAAGCAAACCGACGCGUGUUGUUCUAUUGUAAUUAUAUCGUUAACUUGUGUAUCGCGAGCGAACUUGAUGUAAAAAUUGAGUGAGAAGGAUCAGAAUCGAUCGAUCGCGAAACGAACGUUGCGAAAUUGUACUUUUCUACAAAAAAAAAAUAGAUUUGUAAGUAGCCGUAGGAUUCUGCGACGUGAAUUGCUGUUGCACACGUCUCUCCCGCCUAGGGGAUAUUUGAAAUGCACAUGUGUGCGUAGUCCAGGAUAAAUUUAGACAGCAUCACGUCUGGAAAUAGUCUCCUGGCAAGCAAGAAAGCUAAGAGGUUUCACGCCCGGAGGAAUAUUUCGUAAAUCGCGUAUACGGAGGUACGCACGCGUUUUAAAAUGGGAUUUUGAUACGCAAAUACAUUUGGUUUCGUCGAUCAAACGCUUCUUGUACUUCCCUGCACCGUGGGAAGGAGAGAAGAUCGUUGUUAAUUUUAAUCUGUGAUCUUGAGAUGCUUACACCGAGCCACACACGCAUACACACAUACACAGAUAAAACUCAUCGAUAAUUGUUUUGCGACGAAGAUUUUGUAAUGCAACCGAAACACUUUGCUAUUAAACGGAGAAAUUUUCUAAGCA